AAUAUGACGCUCAUGUCUGUGGGUCGGUCUUGCCGUUCGCCCUCCGCUGCUGUCGUCUGCUCGGUUGUAACAAAUGGUCCGCUAUAGGUGCCAUCGAGAAAACGUCGAACGACAAUAACUUGAACUACUCCAUGGCAAAUAUCGUUUUCUCUUCUAGUCUCCCCACCACUCUUUAAAAAUUCCGCCUAAAAAGAAAAAGCGUUCUGUCCCCUCUUUUGGGUUUUCAGCGGACGUGUACAACAACUACCCAGAGGAUCUAGGGGCAGCUCUAUACCGAGAGCCAUUUGACUUCAACGCCGAGCCACCUUGGGAUCCUAGCUGAUAGUGGAGGAGUUCAUCCCAGGACUCAUCCAUUUUGUUGCAUAAGUCUAGGACCCCAGGGGCUCGAGAGGGAGCGAGCAAGACCACUUCGCACUAGCCACAUUCUUUAUGCCUGUUGGAUUUGAAGAAAACGGUUGAGAGGAUGAAAGGAAUCGCUGAUGAACCGCAGUAUUCUGUUGGCCUGCUGGAAGGAGGCAUGGCCCUCUGUGAUGUUAUUGACAAUCACAUUUAUGAGCAAACACUGUCUGAGAAAAAUGCAUUCUUUGUAGCAGAUCUGGGAGUCAUAAUGAGGCAGCAUGUUCGCUGGCGGACCCACAUGUCCCAGAUCAGACCAUACUAUGCUGUCAGGUGCAAUAGCAGCCCAGCUGUGAUUGAAGUCCUUGCUGCCCUUGGCACUGGGUUCAUAUGCACCAACAAGUCUGAACUGGAAUUGGUGCAGAGCCAUGGUAUUCCCUCCGAAGAUAUCAUCUACAGUGGUGUUUGCAAACAAGUUUCCCAGAUUAAAUAUGCUGCUAAAAAUGGCAUUGACCUCCUGGUGUGUGAUAAUGAAGCAGAGCUGCGCAAGAUUUCUCGCUGCCACCCCAAUGCCAAGCUGCUGCUACAGGUGUCAACGGAAGCGUCAAACCCGGACGAUGACAUGAGCAUGACAUUUGGCUGCUCACUCAAGGACUGCAGACAUCUGCUGGAGAGUGCUAAGGAGCUGGGUGUGCAGGUAGCUGGGGUCAGGUCUCACAUUUCCAGCUCCUGUGACGAUGACCAAGUGUAUGUUCAUGCCAUCUCCGAUGCCCGUUGUGUCUUUGAUAUGGGGGAGGAAAUUGGCUUCAGCAUGAAAAUCUUGGACAUUGGAGGCGGAUUCAGCGGCUCUGAGGCCCAACUGGAACUGAUUAAUAGUGCAGUCAUGUCUAUGGUGGACCUAUACUUCCCUCCAUCUUCAGGAGUUUCCAUCAUUGCUGAGCCUGGUAACUUCUUUGUGUCCUCUGCUUUCACACUGGCUGUCAAUGUCAUCUCCAAGGAGGUGGUGGCACGUGAUCCCCAGGACCAGGAUCAUGAUCUGUCUCCCAAUGAAGAGCCAGCGUUCCAUUACACUAUGAACGAAGGAGUGUAUGGAUCGUUUGCCAGCAAACUCUCUGAAAGACUGAUAUCUGCCCCAUCUGUUCACAAGCAGAACACUUCCCUGGAUGUACCGGUGUUCAGCAGCAGCUUGUGGGGUCCCUCUGGAGAUGAUCUGGACCAGGUACUGGAGCACUGUCUUUUACCUGAGCUCAACAUUGGAGAUUGGCUCAUGUUCACACAUGCUGGCUCCUACAGUCUGGGUCAACCACUGUGCUCCUCCACUGACUCACCACCACCCCCUGUGUACUACGUCAUCUCCUCUAGAGACUGGUUUGAGAUGCAGGACACUGGUGUUACCAACGAGGCUACGCUUAAGAACUUCUCCCUGGUCCCAUACUUCCUCAAUUCCUGCCAAACAGAGGCUGCACUGUCAGUCCCAGCUUAGGAAACAUCUGACUGGGACCAGAAGUCUUUUCACUUUUCUCACUUGUUUCUGCUGCUAGCUUCCUUUGGUUCACAUUCCCCUGGGGUCAACUCUCCCAGUAGUGCUUGAAAUUGCCUGGACCAGACCAUAUUCAUCUCACAGACCCCAGUGCACAGCACUUCUAUGUGGUCAGCCCUGGAAACCCUAAGUAGGUGUUAAUUAGUAUGCAACAAAAUGGAUGAGUCCAGAAAAGACAGUUUGGGGACUCCUCUUGAACUACAGUUUACACCCCUACAGUAGACAUAUAAUACUUUUAAAUGAUUAUAUUUGACAGAUAUUAUUAUUCAUAUCUCCUUUGCUGUUGUCAGUCUUGUAUAUUAUGUGUAUCCCUGAUUGAAGCAGUGUAUUUAUAAAAAGAAACACUUCUGAGAUUAUAUAGAAAGUUUUGCCAAAAGAUUUGUAUUUCUGAUUUUAAUUUGUUGUGUAGUUUUUUUGUGUGUGCACAAAGGCUAGAAUCCAUUAUUACAUUUAAAAAGUGUCAUCUUCAUAUUAAAUUGAGAGCUUGCAGCAUAUCUUUGCUGUACAUACAAAAUGUUUGGCGUCACCGUGGCGUCAGUUUCUGAAAAUUAUUUGAAAGCUAAAAGGUCAGUGUCCUUAAAUAAGGUGGUGUUUGCGUGCUUUUCCAAAGUGCCGAGCGUCUUGCUUCCAAGACUGGCAGGUGAGUGCUCUGCUACCUGACAGCCAAGCAGGUUUUAUUAGACAGCAUGUGCUGCAGAUGGAACACAGGAAGUGCUGGUGGAUAAUGAAUCGACUUACACUGAAAAUAACAUUGUUUCUUUACAAAAAAUGAUUUAAAAGACUACUGCAAGUUCUAUUUCUACUCAUAUAGUUUGAAAUAUUCUUCCAACAUCUGUGUUGAUAGAAUAUUGCAGUAUUUCCUGACACCAAGUAUACUUGCAUUGUGUGUAUCAUAUCUGUGAAACUGUCAUAAAUCUGUUUUAAGGCAUGAUAAAUUAUCAGGCAUUUGCCUGCUUUUAACGUGUAGCUGUGCUUGUCUAAAUGAAGAGUAAUAAACACCCCACUGACUGGACUGUAAA